CUCCCCCUGCGUCUGUGCGAGCAGACGAGAGGCUCCCUCUCUCUCUCUCUCUCUCUUUCCGCUCUGCAGAGGCGAUGCCGAGCCGACGUCGGGAAGCAGCGUCUCCGGCUGCCAUCAACAAGUUGAGGGGGUCGAGCGACAGCGAGCGGGGGGAACGCGCGAGCUUCAAUUAAACCGUCCGAGCUGACAUCAUUGCGGCGGAAAGGAAACAAAAGAAGAAGAGGAAAAGAGGAGGAGGAGGAAGGGGGGGUUCUGUUCACCGGAGUCGCUCUUGGAUGCAACUUAAAAAAUAUAUGUAAAUAUUUAUUCCACGGAUUCGGAGGAUGAAGGAAAAGAUUCAGCCUUUUUUUCUUUUACAUAUAUAAACUUGGAUUUUUAUAAGGACUGAAAUCACAGGAAUAAGAACGUCAUCUCGGGACAUGGAAUUUCAUAUUUGGUUUCCAUCGGGCGGGCUCACAGUUGCUUUAUUUCCAAAGAGGCUGACUCCUUUUGUGCUCAGUCAGAAGGGUUCCUUCCCUUUGGAUUCCUCUUCCCUCUGGUCGCUCCAAGAGUCCGCGGAAGAGGACCGUUGAAUGCAGCCUCCGAUGUGCACAAAAGAAUGGGUUUCCAUUCGAGGUGGCCAUUGGUGGGACGUGCCCCGGCGGCUCUGAUCUCCGUGCUCCUGCUGCUCCUGCUGCGCCUCCUGCCUCCCGCGUCGUGCACAACAUGCCCUCAGAAGUGCCGCUGUGAGGACCUGCAGUUCUACUGCGACACGCAGGGGCUGCAGGCGCCGCCCGACGCCGUGGACAAGGGCGCCCUGGGGCUGUCGCUGCGCCACAACAGCAUCGCGGAGCUCGGCCCGGACCGGUUCUACGGCUUCGGCCAGCUCACCUGGCUCCACCUGGACCACAACCAGAUCACCGCGGUGCAGGAGGACGCCUUCCAAGGACUCUACAAGCUGAAGGAACUCAACCUGAGCUCCAACCGGAUCACCAAGCUGCCCAACACGACCUUCAUCCACCUCAUCAACCUCCAGAUCCUGGACCUGUCCUUCAACCAGAUGACGGCGCUGGAACCGGAACUGUUUCACGGCCUGAGGAAGCUCCAGAUCCUCCACCUGCGCUCCAACCUGCUGCGCACCACGCCCGUCCGGGCGUUCUGGGACUGCCGCAGCCUGGAGUACUUGGGCCUGAGCAGCAACCGGCUGCGCAGCCUGGCGCGCAACGGCUUCGCCGGGCUCAUCAAGCUCAAGGAGCUCCACCUGGAGCGCAACCAGCUCUCCAAGGUCAACCUGGCCCACUUCCCGCGCCUCGUGGCCCUCCAGUUCCUCUACCUGCAGUGGAAUAAGAUCAGCAACCUGACGUGCGGCAUGGAGUGGACCUGGACCACGCUGGAGAAGCUGGACCUCACGGGCAACGAGCUGCGCGCGCUGACGGCCGACGUGUUCCAGACGCUGCCCAACCUGAAGGUGCUGCUGCUGGACGACAACAAGCUGAGCAGCCUGGAGCCGGCGGUGACGGCGACGUGGCGCUCGCUGGGCACCGUCGGGCUGUCCAGCAACUCCUGGGAAUGUACCAAGCGGAUUUGCUCCCUGGCCAGUUGGCUGAGCGGCUUCAGGGGCCGGUGGGAGCGCUCCAUCCUCUGCCACAGCCCCGAGUACGCGCAGGGCGAGGAGAUACUCGACGCCGUUUACGGAUUCCAGCUUUGCCAGAAUUUUUCAGCGUCGGUCGUCCAGACCGCCGGCGCGACCGCGGCCGCUACCGCCGCCGCGGAGGCCACGAGCUCCUCGUUUGGGAUUACGCGGCCGACCCCGACGCCGGACUACGCCGAGGAUUUUGGGAGCUUGACCACGAUCGCCGCCGCGACGACGCGCCGCGCGGCUCAAGCGACGACCGCCCCGUUGGAGGAGGCGGUGACGGCGGACCCGUCCGCCACGGACAACACCGUCACGACCCACAGGGUCAUCGUCGGCACCAUGGCGCUGCUGUUCUCUUUCUUCUUCAUCAUUUUCGUGGUGUACAUCUCGCGGAGGUGCUGCCCGCCCGCCCUGCGCCGGAUACGCCACUGCUCGGCCAUUCGGACCCGCAGGCAGAUGAGGACCCAGCAGCGGCAGCCGAUGGCGGACCUCGCCACGCAGGUCCCCUACAACGAGUACGAGCCCAGCCACGAGGAAGGGGCGCUCGUCAUCAUCAACGGCUACGGGCAGUGCAAGUGUCAGCAGCUGCCUUACAAAGAGUGUGAAGUAUGA